AUGUCUUCUCCGCUGUUGGGUGACCAUUCUCGCCGUCGUGUCGGAAAGGUGGAUCCACGCUUUAUAGGGACUCAUGCUCGGCUUGCCCCGAGCUGUCGGUGGCUUGACAUUUCCAAGCAAAUUGCCCUGAACAUGGAAAUUCGACUAUCCUCAUCGAUAGGUCACGCAGAUCAUUCAACAACAGAUUUCCAGGCAGGCCAAAGGAGCUCGUUCGAUUUUACUGGCCCUGUGGGGACUGCUUGCUUCGCAGCCUGGCUCAUGUUCCCAGGUAGGGUCCGAGUAGUCGCCUAUGAGAUGUUGCAAAUGGUAGGACAUCGACUUUACGGGAAGCCUCACACCUUCGAAACCGUCCAGACCCUACCUUUCGGUCUCUACCUAAAGUCUCGAGGAGACCCUGAAGGGUUUCGCAACGAAUUCAACACCUUGUAA